AAAUACAACCCUGAUCACUUAUACCCUUUUCUCAUUUCGUCUUCUAUUUAUUUUUUUAUUUAUAGGAUUGGAUUCAAUGGAUUUAUAAAGUCUGUGAAACUAGUUUAAUAUUGAAUUCGAUGUAAUUUAAGAACUAAAUUUAUUGAAAUUACGUGCGGCGAUUCGUCCUCUAAGCGGAAAGUGGUUACGUUCAGUGAAUGUUGACGGCGAGACCGCCUAAAAUUAAUUUUACACGGCAACUUUUUUCGAUAUUGUGGGAAAAAAGUCUUGUGCAGUUAUUUUGUGUGUGUAGCCAGCAGUCACUGAAGAGCAAAAACGACGAAGAACAAGAACAAAGUAGACACUGGCAAAAAUCACCCAAAUCUCCAUAGUAGAUUAAGCUAUGGAACAGGACUCGAUGCAUCUGAGCCGAAUACGUGAUGUCAAAGAAUUAGCCGUGCUCAGCGAUGAGGCGCGUGACGUUAAAGAAGAAGUUAUACUUGAGAGUUCCGGCCAUCAGCUGGAGACCAAAGUUCAUAUGGUAACAUCGUCAAAUGAGAAUAGUGGAGGUAGUGGUGGCGGUGUUGUCUCGGUGCCCGUUUCCCUGCCAAUUGGUUCCAUGAUUGCUGGUACAGCUUUUAAUGUUAUAACCCCCGAUCAUUUACCGCAUUUCAAACAGAUGCUGUGCGUCGACAACAAUGGCUACAUUUCAAGUGGCACUGUGGUGGGUGGUGAUCUAAAGACGAUUGUUAUACAUCAGCAACAACAAAGUGAUAACACAAAUGUCGGCGGUGGCCAAGCCACGGCGACUGGUACAUUAGGUGGUCUAAAUCAUGACGGUUCCGGUAGUAAUAACAGUCAUGACAGCACCGUCACCGGCGAUCAACUGGUACACGGUGGUCCCGGCUCAGGCUGUGGUUCGGGGUCGGGUGUCAGUUGGUCCGAAACAUCGCAAAUGGAAGUGUUUCCCAUCCGAUGUAAGACCACCAGUGCAGAGCUGUAUCGCAGUAAAUUGGGUUCCGGCGGCCGGGGUCGCUGUGUUAAGUACAAAGACAAAUGGCUGACACCAAGUGAAUUCGAACAGACAUGUGGUCGUGGUUCCAGUAAAGAUUGGAAGCGUUCCAUCAAAUAUGGUGGUAAAUCCCUACAGUCGUUAAUUGAUGAAGGCACAUUGACACCGCACGCCACAAACUGUAGUUGCACGGUGUGUUGUGAUGAUGAAGCUGCCUCCGGUCCCGUACGUCUAUUUACCCCCUACAAACGCCGGAAGCGAAAUCAAGAAGAUGGUGAUAUGGGUCCCAAACGUAAACGAAAUACCAACAACAAUAACAAUGUUGUCAACAAUACCGAACCACCACCGCAGGCCACAGUAGUCGAUGAUAAUAAUAUGUUUUUAACCGAAGAUAAUAUUACCUCCAAGGAUGAACCGUGGCCGACAUUAAAUGACAGCCUCGACACAUCCACAGAACUGGUAGAUCAGACACAAAUCGGUAAUCCCUACGAUCGGGAGACGUUUGUGGUGAAUAUCAAUGAUCCGGGGUCAAUUGCAUUGUUAGAUAAUAGUCAGACAAUGAAAACACUAGAGAAUGUUUAUUGCACAAUGGUCAAGGCGACCAAUGAUUUUAAACGCAUACUGACGGAUUUAAAGAACACAUACGAUCGUAAAAUCGAAAUACUACAAAAGGAGCGGGAUGCAGCGGUGGCAGCAAUGCGUGUCCAGGUACAUGCCGAUUUAGACGAUCCAAAUAUAUCGGGUUCAUUACAUGGCAACGAAAUAAUAUCAGCUAAAAAGUGCGCCAACUGCAAUCGCGAGGCAUUGGCGGAAUGUUCGCUAUGCCGAAAGACCCCCUAUUGUUCGGAGUUUUGCCAACGAAAAGAUUGGAAUGCCCAUCAGGUGGAGUGCACACGGAAUCCAGCACCAGCAACCACACAACAAAUAAUGCUCCUAGUUGAUGAGCAGUCCUAAAUUGAAUUAAAUAGAACAACCAACCAACAACUGUACAUACAUCUAUAGAAUACCGCAUCAACCGACAAACAAUUCAAUACCCGAAAACAAAAAACAAAUUAAAUUUUAAAUUCUUUGUACGUUUGCGUAAAACAAAAAUCCAACCAAUUAGCAUUAAUCUCUAAACGUCGUAAAACAAAAAACAAACAACAGAAAACUAUACCAGCAACAGCAGAAGCAAUAACAUAAACAAAAAAAAAAAAAUACCACAUACGAUUUUUAAACAAAAUCCUAUUACAACAAAAACAAAUACAAUAGUAACUCCUCCCUUGCAGCAACAACUAUGAAAUAGAAAGGACAACAAAAUAUUCAGACAUAUUCAAAAAUCUGCAACUUUACACACACCAGAUAUGAAGGCAAUGUCAGGAAAGGAACAGCGAUACAUCCACUACCAAUAGUCUCUCCCCCCAAAAAAGAAGUGGAAAAUCCGUAAUGCAUUGAAGGAAACAACUAUUACCAACAUACAGACAGACAAAGCGUAAAGAUUGGAAGGCGAAUUUCACAUUCAAACACACACACACACACAUAUAUAUAUAAAUAUAUAAAUAAAAUUAACAAAAACGGCAUGCAAUGGCUUACCCAAAAUGCAUAUCGGAAAUUUUGCGUACGUUGUGGCGUAUCCCGAUUUCCAUGAUAUGCGGUAAGAGACAGAAAAAAAUAAACACGAACUACAGUACACUGGAUGCAAACCAAUUACAUAUACAUAUUCGUCUAUGUAUACACAUACAUACUUUUUUCAUUAGACUUUAAGACAUAGUUAAACUUUUAACAUUUUAUUAUUAUUUUAUGGAUAAUAUUAAUAAAAAAAAAACAACAAACAAACAAACGAAAAAUGGCAACAAAAACAAAUAAUUAUAAAUUUAAGUAAAUAAAACAAAUAUUUAAACUUUAAAAAAAA